GUGAAUACAUGGUUGAAGUAUCUCAAAGGUGAGUUGUGAUGACAUUCACCAUUGAUCGCUACCUUAUUGAGAUCGGAUGAACACAUAAUGGGCUAAAAGGGCUGCCUGGACAAAGUUGUGUCAAAAGCAAAGUUCUUUUUGUUUACUCCGAUGUCGUUAUUGUCCUUGUUGAGUGAAUAUAAAAGUCUCUCUUGGUCCUAUCUUCGGACAACAUUUUCCUCCCACAAACAACACAACCCUUGCUCGACAUACCUCAUCACUCUAAACUCUUUCAUACAAUCAAAGAAACCUUUAUACAAUCUAAUUAUUUAGAAAUCAUUCAAUCACUUCUCUUCUUUUCUUGCAAGUUUGGUUUGUGCCGUCAUUUUCCAAGAUGUCUGCAACUCUAGCAAUCCUUCCUGAACCCUCCUCCCCAUUUGACCCCCAAGCUCUUGCACAAAAGUACAAUCUUGAGCGAGAGAAGCGUAUUCGUGAGGAUGGGCUUACUCAAUACAAGGAACCUACUGGCAACUUUGCUCGAUUCCAAGAUGAAACACUCAUUGACGAGAUUGUCCCACGUGAACCAAUGAUAGAUUCCACUGAGGUACUGAUUAUUGGUGGUGGUUAUGGUGGUUUGUUGGCUGCUGCUCGUCUUGCUCAAAAGGGUGUUACCAAUUUUCGCAUUCUUGAAAAGGGUGGCGGUUAUGGUGGAACUUGGUAUUGGAACCAGUAUCCAGGUGCUCAAUGUGACAUUGAAUCUUACAUCUACCUUCCCUUGCUCGAAGAGCUUGGUUACGUCCCAACUGAGAAGUAUGCUCGCACUACCGAAAUCCAUAAGCACAUUGAGAUGCUCGUCACACGUUACAGUCUCAAGGAAAAGACAAUUUUUCAAACCGAAGCAAAAUCAAUGACCUGGGAUGAGAAUGUUCUUUCUUGGAAGACUGAGACAGAUCGUGGCGAUCAUUUUACCUCCAAGUUUGCUAUUACUGCUACGGGUAUCCUCCACAAGAUCAAGCUUCCAGGUCUUGAAGGCAUGGAGCUUUUUGCAGGAAAAUCUUUUCAUACAUCUAGAUGGGACUAUGGCGUUACUGGUGGUGAUGUCAACGGUAAUCUUAGCAAGUUGGCUGAUAAGCGUGUUGGUGUCAUUGGCACUGGUGCAACCGCAGUCCAAAUGCUUCCUCAUCUCGCUAAGGCCUCAAAGCACGUCUACGUCUUUCAGAGAACACCAUCCACAAUCAAUGUUCGAAACAACAAGCCUACUCCACCAAACUUCUGUCAAAAUCUCAAAUCUGGAUGGCAACAAGAUCGAAUGGAGAAUUUCAAUGAUCGAAUUUCCAAUUGUCGUCAAAAGGAAGAUUUUGUUAAUGAUGGUUGGACUCUCAACCCUGCUACAUCUAUUUUAGGCAAGGCAGAUGCUUGUACCGAUCAAGCUAAAUUGGGUCAGAUGAUGAUGAUGGCGGAUUUCCAACUCAUGGAGCGUAUUCGAGCUCGUGUCGAUGAGCUCGUUGAGGAUAAGGAGACUGCUGAGAAGCUCAAGCCAUGGUAUUCAUCCAUGUGCAAGCGUCCUUGCUUCCACGACGAAUACCUCUCUCUCUUCAACCGCGAUAAUGUUCAACUCGUCGAUACAAAUGGAAAGGGCGUUGAUCGCGUCUCCCAAGCUGGCGUUAUCGUCGAUGGUGUCGAAUAUCCCGUUGAUGUUCUCAUCUAUUCUACCGGCUUCGAAGUCACAACCGCUUAUCAACGCCGCUCAGGUAUUACUGUCACCGGUCGCGAUGGCCUCAUUCUCGAUGACAAGUGGAAGAAGGGUCCUUCCAGCUUUCAUGGAUUUCAAACCCACGGAUUCCCAAACUAUUUCUUUUUCGGUACAACUCAAUCUGGUGUUUCUGCAAACUUCAUGUAUACACUUACCCACCAGUCUAUGCAUACCGCCUAUAUCAUCUCCGAAUGCAAGAAGAAGGAUAUCAAGGCUGUUGAAGCUAGUAAGGAAGCUGAGGGUCAAUGGGUCAAUGAUAUCUUGCGGGGAAGUGCACCUAUGUUGCAGUAUUUCACUCAAUGUACACCAGGUUAUUUCAAUGGUGAAGGAAUGGUUGGCAAGCAUCCCGAAGUUAGUGGACAGACUGCUGUUUAUGGACAAGGUGCUAGUGCAUGGGGAAAGUUGUUGGAGGAUUGGCGUGCUGAUGGUAAGAUGGAGGGACUUGAUAAGGUGUAUUAAGUGAUGAGUUUGCUUCUCUGAUCUUAGCUGAUAAGUUUCUCUUCUUAUGAAAAGUGGCUCAAUAUGGUGGUUGGCAAAUCGGAUGAAAAGUUUCUUUAGGUGGUGGAGCUGGUAAGAAUGGCUCUUAUGACUUCACUUUGGUGUAUACAUAUUUUAGUCCACCAACUGCAUUCACACAGUUAUGAAUCAGAUAGUUUACUUAUUUGAUCUACCAUUCAUGGUAUGGUCUAUUUUGUAACUGAUGGCUUCUGGCAAUACAAAACACAAUUUUACAUA